CACAGGGCUUGUCAGCUACUCAGGACCUGAGAGCAUGUGUAAAAUCGCUGUGGUCUGUGUCGCCUCCAGCAAGCCCUAUCAACGGGUGAUAAUUCAGCUCCAGGAAGAGGUGAUUUGGGGAUAAAUACCCAGAUCCUGAUUGGUCCCCUGGGUUGUGCCGCAGCUGCUGGUGAGGUGUUACUGGGCUGUGAAGGGGCUGAAUGGAGCCAUCGGGCUGAGCUGAGCCUCUCUUUGCAGAGUUUGGCAUGUUUCAGCUCAGCGCUCUCCGAAGAGCAGUGCCAAGCUCUCCAGGUCUGUUUGUGUCGGUGAUGAGCUGCUGUGGGGAAGCUGUGACAGUGCAGAGCAGGGACACAAACACCUGAUGCUGCUGGGAGCAGACUGGAUGGAGCCCUUCUGUGUCUCCUGCCGAAGCUGCCAGCACGCUGGGGAGGCUCAGCUGUGUCCCCAGUGCCGCACAUGCCAUUGUCACUGACCUGCUGCCACACCGGGGCCACCUCUGAUGCUGGGGGCUGGCCGAGCUCCAUCACCCUGGCUGGUGGCACUGAACCAGUGCUCGCAUUUGGAUGCUUUUAUUCGCCUCAGCUUGGCCUAGAAAUGAUAUCUCAGAGAAAAAUCAAAGCUUGUGGGUUUUUUCCUGGGGCUGGAGUGGCUGUGGUGAUGGGAGCAGGAGUGCCCUGCACGUCGCAGGCUGUGUGGAUGAGUUGUGGUGUGUGUGGGGCCUCCAGCAGCUCCCAGAGCUGGUGGCUGUCACGGGGGGAUAACACAUGGAUUAGCAUCCUUCUCCUGUGGUCGUAAAGGAGAGGGAAGGGGAGCAGCUGCACACUUCAGCUCUCUCUGCACUGGGAGGGGAAGGAACAUGUCAUGGGCCAUCUAACAUGGGGGAGGAAUGGCUCAGAGUGCUCUAGCAAGGGCCCUAGGGAUGCACAGAGUGCCUCUUGGCCAGAUAAUUGUUGACUAAAGCUGGGGUGAGGGGUCGGGAAGGAGGAGUGUGUCUCACACUGCCGUGUGCAGCCAAGGGCAGCUUCCACUGAGAUUUCCUGUGAAACCCGUGUCAAGGGGCUGCAGCUGCAGUGGCAUAUGGGUCAGCUCAGAGGUGAGAUCCAAAAAUACCUGCUGAGGACUGGGGACUGCUCCCCUUGUGGUGCUGCUGGAUUUUCCUGCCCCAGUUUGUGCCUGGGCUGGCUGCAGGCUCGGUGUGGCUGUGGCGGUGGGUUCUGCGGUGCAGGAGGUGGGGGGGACUCCUCUCUGUGCUCUAUAAAAAGGAGCUGCAGCAGCACGGUCCUAUCUAUAGCACAGGGAGCUGCCAGGGAAAGGCAGGGCAGGGAUUAGCCCAAAUCUGAUGGAUUUCUCUGGUCCUGCUUGGGAACGUGGGACUGUCAGUGGCUGAGGGAUUCCCAGUGUGCCUGGGCUGUGAGAUCUCCCUGCCAGCAGACAUGUCCUGACUUUGCUGGGAUUUCCUGACUGUCUGCACCUUCCCCAGGGGGGCUUGUUGUCACACUUGUCUCCCAAAAGCUGCUCUGUCCUUGAAUCCCCUCUCGUUCCUGCUCCUCAGGGCUGUGAUUUCACUGCAGCACAUGGAGGCUGAUGAGGAAAGCCCAGUGGUACCCCAGGGCGUCUGGGUUUGGGGUGGGUAUUGAGCAUCUACCUGCUCCCAGUCAUUUUGUUAUGGUCUCAGGGCAGCUGAGACCUUUCCUAGUGAAGCUGGUUGUGACACUUGUGGCCAGCAUGAUUUGUGCUGGAGGGUUCAGCUGGUUGAUGGGGGCUGUUUUGCCUCCUGAUCUGUUGGGGGGGCACACAGGGGGUGUUUACAUGUCCCAGGCAGACAAACCCCGAGGCUUUUCUUGCUGUAGCAUCACCAGGGGUCUCACCAGUUUGCCUGGACAUUGCUAUUCUGUGGGUACAGAGCAGCCCACAGCCAUGGGCUCUGCUCUUGGCUGGUGCCUGUCACUCUGUGGGGGUGUUGGCUGUCCCCUGAGACCCCCAUGGCUCCCGGUGAGAGCAUCCCCCCACCCCCCCAGGGUGCCGGUAUAGGGAGUGUGUCUCUUUAAUGAGGCUGGGCUUGGAGCAGCUCUGCUGCUGGCACAGGGAGUGAGGGAUGGAGCGAGGGCGGUGAAGGAGCCAGUGCCAGAGAGGGAGCCUGCAGCAGGGAGAGGCGGGGAAGCAGCGCUCAUCCCCCGGGUACCGCAGCCACCCAGACGGGAACAGGGAAACCCAUCCCCAGGGAAGAGGCUCUGCAGAAGGCAGGGACCCAGCGGGUGCUGAAAGGAGCCUGCAGCCUCUGUGUCAUCCUCAUCCUCCUCCUCCAGCUGCCCACUGAGGGACCAUGCCAGGCCUCUACUCCCUCCUGUCCUGGGAGGCUCUGCCCCUGAAGAGCUCCACGGUGAAGGCUUGUGCCAACGGGUACUCCCUGAGCAUCACUGCCCACCUGACGUACACCAACCCCCACAAGGAGCCCGUGGAAGGCAUCUUCAUCUACCCGCUGGAGGAGUCGGAGGUGGUGGCUGGCUUUGAGGCGGCAGUGGGCAGCCGGCGGGUGACGUUCCAGCUCCAGAACCGGCACCGGGUGCAGGACUGCUGCCUGCAGUGCAGCCCCAGCCCCGGGCGCCUGCGCCGCUGUGCCAGCGGCCACCUUGUCUUGGAUGAGGACGUGGAGCGCUCCACCUUCAUCAUCGUCACGGGCACACUGUGCCCGUCGGAGAGCCUGGCUGUCACCCUGAACACAGUGCAGGAGCUGCCCACGCUGCCAGACGGGGCCCUGCGCCUGCUCCUGCCCCCCGUGCUCACACCCCACGUCCCCGCCGACCCCGAGAGCGAGCCGGCAAGCUUGUGUGACGACAGCCCCACAAGCUGUUUUGGGGGGCCAGGUGCCCGGAGCCAGUCACCCACUGUGGUGCCUGUGGACAGCGUGGAUGUCUUUCGGGGACGGCCCUGCAACCCUUUUCCUUACGAGUUCUCCUUCGAGCUGCUGGUGAAGGGCCCCUGCUUGCUGGCAGGGCUGGAGAGCCCCUCACAUGCCCUGAGAGCUGACGCCGACCCCUGGGCCAAUUCUGCCACCACCACCUGUGUCACCCUAGCUGAGCCCCACCGCUAUGACAGGGACCUGGAGAUCAUCCUCUACCCUUGUGAGCCCCACAGCCCCCACCUGGUGAUUGAGGAUGGCACCAUGACGUACCCCGAGUACGAGGCGCACAUCCGGAGCCGCCGGGAUUACGUGAGGAUUGCCAGGAAGGACAGCAGUGGCGAGAGACAGGUGGCUUUCGUGCAGAAGCGUUUCCACAAAGACAUCUUCCCCAACCCCGUGCUGAUGCUGAACUUCUGCCCGGCUGUGGAGGGCGUCCCCGGGGACCUGCAGAGCGUCACCCGCGAGCUCCUCUUCCUCAUCGACCGCAGCGACUCCAUCAGCGGCCCUGACCUUGACAAGGUCAAGGAGGCUUUGCUGGUGGCCCUGAAGAGCCUCCCGUCAGGAACGCUGCUCAACCUCGCCAGCUUCGGCGCCGACGUCAAGCCGCUCUUCCCAUCCAGUCGCCUCUGCAGCAACGAGACGUUGCGGCGUGCCUGCGAGCACCUCGGCGGCCUGCGGGCAGACCCUGGUGGCACCAACCUGCUGGCAGCCCUGGGCUGGGCGCUGGCACAGCCCCUGCACCACGGCUACCCUCGCCAGCUGUUCCUCUUCACCGGAGCAGCAGCGGGCAACGCAAGCAGGAUCCUCCGGCUGGUGCGCAGGCAGGCCAGCACCGUCAGGUGCUUCAGCUUUGGCAUGGGCCCGCGGGCGUGCCGGCGGCUGCUGAAGGCCAUGGCCAAGGUGAGCCGGGGCCGUGCCGAGUUCCUGAGCCCGGCCGAGAGGCUGCAGCCCAAGCUGAUCAAGUCCCUGAAGAAGGCGAUCGAGCCGGCCAUCAGCGACAUCACCAUCGACUGGUACGUCCCCGACAGCAUGGAGGCCCUGCUCUCGCCCGCCGAGCUCCCGGCCCUCUACCCCGGUGACCGCCUCGUCAGCUACUGCGUCCUCUACAGCAUCGCCCGCUUCGGGGACAGGCGCCCGCUGGGCCAGGAUGGGGCUCGCCAGAGCUCCCGAGGUUCAGCCUUCCUCUCCCAGCAGGAAGGGCUCAGUCCUGCAGAGAGCCAUCAGCCACGCCACAGCAACCCAGGAACGGGGGAUGCCUCCCUGGAUGUUUUUUCUGGAAGUACAGAGGUGUCAGAGCGGAGUGGUGAUCCUGUUUCUGGGGGAGACAUCUGGAAGCGGAUUUACCAGCCCUCCUACAUCCAGGAGCAGUAUGUCCUGACACACUGCUCUGUCAGCACUGACCGCAGCCAGGGGCUGCUCUCCCGCAGCUCCACCAGCAGCGAGUCCACCGGUUCCCGGGAUGUGGCCCCCGAGGGUGGCUCCUCAGCCCCUGGUGCUGAUGUCACCUCCCAGCAGGGCCAGAAGAGCCUGUCCCUCUGCGAGUCCUCCACCAAAUCUGCCCCGCUGCCCUCUGCCCCAGCUGGCACCAAGGUGACGGUGGCCCUGAGCACGGAGGAGCUGGCGCGGCAGAAGAAGGUGCUGGCACGUGCUGCCCUGGCUGGGCGCAGCUUCUCCACGCCCCACGGGGAGCUGGAUGCCCAUCGGCUCUGCCAGGCCCUGGAAAAGGUGUCCCAGAAGAGGAACCAGUCCCUGGAGGGGCGGCUGGAUGAGCUGGGACCCCAGCCACGGCAAAUGCAGCCCGGUGCAGCGGAGUCAAAUAACCUCCUCUCACCCACCCACCUGGACUGGGACAUGCUGGUGGAGCCCUCCUACCUCUUCAGUGCCUCGCCAGCGCCCGAGCCAGGGCAGCCCAGCCUGGGUGAUGCCAGCGUGCCCCUGCGCUGCCAGGUGGUGAUCCACGCUCUGCGAGCCGGCAAGCCCGUGUCCUGGGAAGUGACAGCCUCGCUGGAGUCACUGCUGCAGCCCCGGGACGGGCCGGGCAGGGAGGACCCGCCGCGGAGAGUGGCCAAGGCCUGGGACAAGCCCCUGCAUCGCCUGGCAGCGCGCUCCGUGGUGCGGGACAACGAGAGCGUGGCACAGCGGGAAGCCAAGCUGGAGCAGGGUUUUGCCCGCCGGUUCCGCCUGAAAGCCGUGCAAACCAGCAAAGCCUGCAACGUGCCUUCCCUCUACACCCGCCUGGUGCCCGUGGACGGUGCCACGCAGGCAGCCCUGCCCGCAGCCCCCGAGGUGUGGGGCAUAGCUGGCUCAGGCAGCCGGACACGAGCUGUGGCAGCAGGGAGCUGGCACCACCGGAGCUCCUCAGCGGGUCAGGGGCAGCAGCAGGGUGUGGAGGAGCAGCAUGAGGCCCCUGGCACUGCAGAGCGAGAUGGGAUUGCCAGGUCUCCAGGCAGCAUCUCCUCCCCUACCUUUGGCUGGGAAAGGCAGAACUACUCAAACGGGCCUCCAUCCAGCCCCUCCACCACCUCCAUGGGCUCCCAGAAAUCCACAGAGAGCAUCACAGGCUCCAGGUUUAGCCUGAGCAGGCGCAGGGGCCCCAGCCUGGUUCUGCGCCCGCAGUGCCUCAGCCCAGACAGCGAGCGCUCCAGCAACCACGCCAGCCACGACUACCUCCCGCUGGUGCAGCUGCAGCAAGCCCGGGGGCCGUUCCAGCUCACCGAGAGCUUCUCUGAAGUGGUGCAGAUCCCCCUGGACCGCCUGCGCCGCGCCUCCCCCUACGCCUCCCACCGUGCCAGCCUCAGCCCCGUGUCCCCAGGGGCCAGGAGCAUGCCUGAGGCAGGGCCCGGGGCUGAGGAGGGCGAGGAGCCCAUCACGGCCCCGCAGCCCAGCUCGCCCCCGUCCCGCAGCACGUGCUCCGAGGUGCCCAGCGCAGCCGCGUGGGCGCAGGCGGACAGCGGGCACGGCUCCGAGUCCGACACCGGGCCCCACUCGGCUGCCCCCUCUGAGGCCGGAGUCAGCUGUCAGGACGUGGGGCCAGAGGAUCUGGAGAGCGCCAGCUGGGCCACGGCAGUGGCCUUGGCGUGGCUGGAGCAUCGCUGCGCAGGGUUCUUUGAGGAGUGGGAGCUGGUGGCAGCCAAGGCGGACGCGUGGCUGCAGGCGCAGCGCCUGCCCGAGGGGGUGGACGUGGGCUGCCUCAAAGGGGCAGCCAGGCACUUGUUCCUGCUGCUGCGUCACUGGGACGAGAACAUCAAGCUGAACAUGCUGUGCUACAACCCCAACAACGUCUGACGGCCGCCCAAGGGGCCAAUAAAGACACCUGGCUCCAAGCCACCUGCACUGGUGUCUCUGUUAUCAGCAGAGAGCUGCUGGCUCCACUCAGGCCAUGCCAGGACUCACCACACUCCUAGAAGGGGGUCACCCCCUUCUCAGCCAUCUCUGGUGGGAGGCAGUAGGCAGGGGAAUAGGAAAAAUUGUACUGGAGGGACUCCUGGGUCCCAUCAAAGCAAAUGAAGCCUUGAGGCAAAGCAGUUUUGCAACUCGUCUCUUC